AUGAACUUCGUCAAGAAAAAUCCUAUCAAUACGAAUGUAACAUCGACAGACGUAAGUGUGGACACUGAAGAUAAUUAUUUGAAUAUUACAGAAUUGAUAAAGAAGAAUAAUUACACGUCAGAGGAAUAUACAGUAAUAACCAACGAUGGCUAUAGAUUAAAAAUGUUUCGAAUACCUGGACAUGGCCCUGUCGUUUUUGUUAUGCAUGGGUUACUUUGUAGUGCAGAUGACUUAGUAACACCUGGUGUCAACGCUGGAAUAGCGUUUCUAUUAGCGCAAAAGGGAUACGACGUGUGGAUGGGAAAUGCCCGAGGUACUAAACACUCCCGGUCUAACAUAUACACUAGUCCAUCUGAGAAACAAUUUUGGGACUUCAGUUUUCAUGAAAUAGGAUUCAUAGAUCUACCUACUAUGAUUGAUUUUGUUCUUGAAAAAACCCAAAGAAAAACGUUGACAUACAUUGGACACUCUCAAGGAACUACGGCUUUCUAUGUUAUGUGUUCAUUGUUACCAGAGUAUAAUGAAAAAAUCAAUCUCAUGAUUUCACUAUCGUCUGUAGCCUGGAUGUCUAACAUAAUAUCUCCGAUACGUUACGGAGUACCGAUAUUUGAGGAAGUACAUGAACUUUUCAAGAUACUGGACAUACACGAGAUAUUUCCAGACUCCCCUCUAGUAAAACUAUAUCAGAAGGCUUUUUGCAAACAUAACUUAGGUGCGUUUAUUUUUUGUCAACAAUUUGCGUCUGUCAUGGGAGGCUCUAAUAUUGAGCAAACCAAUUUUGAACAUUUAUCAGUUAUUUAUAACCAUUUUCCUGCUGGAUCCUCUGUUAAACAAUACGUCCACUACGCCCAGCUGGUGAGGUCUGGUUAUUUCCGACAGUACGAUUACAAACUCUUAAAUUUACAAAAAUAUGGUACACAUGCGCCACCAUCGUAUCCUGUAGAAAAGAUAACUGCGCCCAUUGCUAUAUUUUAUGGAAAAGGAGACUUGCUUUCAGAGUUAGUUGAUGUCAAAAAGUUGACUUCUAAACUGCCUAAUUUUAUUGAACUAUACACAGUUGAAGAUACUAAUUUUAGCCACUUCGAUUUUAUAUAUGCAAGAGAUAUAGGCACCCUAGUUUUUCCUAAGAUCUUGUCCUUAUUAGGGAAAUUUUCGAAAUAG